GGAAUAGUCGUGGUUCAUUUUUCCACCGGAGCACUGCCAGCCAGCAGUUAACGGGCAGUAGAAGCCGAGCGGCCAACACGGAGCUGCUCAUCUACCCUGUUACGAUUCAAGAAAGGCUUUAACGGUACCGUUUUAGAUACUGACUAAUGCGUUUUAGCAUCUAUGUUGACGCUUAACGUUUUUACCCUUGCGUUAGUUUAAUUUUAGCCCUUUACCGGAGCGCAUGGAGUCUGCAUUAAAAAGGUCGGUUAAGUGUUUUGCGGACCAGCGCUCAAGCAGCUAAUGUUAGCUAGCCGCGGACAGCCACGGUAACGGUGUGGACGGAGAGUGGGGAAGCUCGGUGCUGCUGGACGCUCUGCUCCGGACGAACGUCGGCGUUACCCUGAACAAUGGGCCUCAUCUUCGCCAAACUGUGGAGCUUCUUCUGCAACCAAGAGCACAAGGUGAUCAUUGUUGGAUUAGAUAAUGCAGGGAAAACAACUAUACUCUAUCAAUUUCUGAUGAACGAGGUGGUCCACACGUCUCCCACCAUCGGAAGCAAUGUGGAAGAAAUAGUAGUGAAGAACACUCACUUCCUCAUGUGGGAUAUAGGAGGCCAGGAGUCUCUCAGGUCUUCCUGGAACACUUACUACUCCAAUACAGAGUUCAUCAUCCUGGUGGUGGACAGCACAGACAGAGAGAGACUGGCCAUCUCCAAGGAGGAGCUAUACAGGAUGUUGGCUCAUGAGGAUCUGCGGAAAGCAGCUGUGUUGAUAUUUGCCAACAAGCAGGAUAUGAAGGACUGUAUGUCUGCAGCAGAGAUCUCCAAAUACCUCACCCUGAGCUCCAUCAAAGACCACCCCUGGCACAUACAGUCCUGCUGUGCGCUUACAGGAGAAGGUUUAUGUCAAGGUCUAGAGUGGAUGACAGCCAGAGCCGGACUCAGAUAGCCCCUCCUUCAGCCGUCGAUGGCCUGACUACCUGCAGCACCUGUACGGUUGCACAGCAGCUUAUCAUUACUGGCUAAUUGUUGCUUUUUAUCUUUUUAUUUUUUUAACGACAAAGAUUGACUUUGAUCUCUAGAGACACAAGUGCAGGACGUCUCCUCUGCUUGUUUGUUGUUACAAAGCAGCAGAUUCUGUUUCCAGUCGAUGGAAAAACAAUCAGAUCAAAUGUGGAGUGAAAAAGCUGCAUACACUACAAAGAAGAUGAAUUCAGAGGAUCUGCGUGAGAGGCAAGGCUCAUCUACACUACAACCUUAUCGUGUUGCAUUAUAUCAUAUCAUGUCUGAGCAUCAGCAUCACAGGGAUGCAAGUUUCUUCAUGUUCAGGUCAAACUUUAAGGGAUCACGAGCAGUAUUGAUGGUGGUGGUUCUGCACAUAGCUUUUGAAGAGUUUAUACAUUAUCAUUUUUUCCACUUGGAUAUGUUACAAGUCAGUUGCAUAAGCUACGCUUUUGGUGGUAGUUCUUACACUAACUGUCCUUUUUUGUAACUGAGCCUUUUCAUUUUGGUUGUUUGGAUUGAAAGUGUUGGCAUGUAGAUUAUUUCGUGAUCUAUCCUUAUUGCUACAGAUGGAAAUGAAGUUAGCUGUUUACUGAAUUCAUGAAAACAAUAAAUGGCUGUAAGAUUAUUUCAGGCUCAGUUUUAACAUUAACAUCAGUAUUUGAAAUUCAAACACUUGUCAUUGAUGCUUUGUCUUUUUUAUUUAAAUGCCUUCUCUACUUAUAUGUUGUGAUGUUUUGUAACUCGCAUCUAGACCUGUUUUAAUAGAGGAUUCUUGGUGCUCUGAGUUUAUGUGCUCCACUGCAUCAUUGUUCAUUUUAUGCAGCCGUGUCGGCACAUAUAUAUUGUAAAACCAAGCAUUAGGAAUAAGGUGCCACAACAAAGGAGCUGUUGUUACUCAGACUGUCUCGGUUGAUGUUUCAGUAGCAUUAAGAUGAUCUAAAGUCCAUUGUUUUAUCAAUGAGUUGUAAUACUUGAUCCUCAGCUGUAAGUAAGCUGCUGUCCAAGGGACCAUAUGUCACAUGCCAUGUUUUUUUUUUUGUAACCAAUUUCCAUUUUUAAACCUUGUGAAGGAUUCAUUGAACUAACAGAUCUAUGCACGUGUUGUCUUUAAACCUUGUAUACCUUUUUUCCAGAGUGGUUAAAAAGAAGGGGUGCACGAGUUUUGGCAAAUCUAAAUCAGGCAGCUGUUGUUCAUCAGUCUGGAAGUUCUCUCUCGGUUAUCGGGACAGGUUAUUCUUAGUGACAGCUAAUAGGUGACCUGUGCAGACCCUACUCUUAUCACAGUGCCCUCACAAAGCAAGGGCACUGAUCAUAUGCUGUCAGAGUGGUGGGGUCAGGUACUAUGUUUCAGUUUUGUUUUCAAUAAAGGUUUUGAAUGGA